GUACAUGUCCGGCAGGGCAUUCUGGAAAAAUCUGCCCACAGUUUGGCGAAAUGCUACGUAUCUUCCUAGUCACUGCGGCUAGAGUCCUCUGCGCGGUAUUCCAGCCUGCCCUUCAAACGGCAUCCUGUAAAAUAUGGUUGUGAAAUGCAAAGUCCGCUAAUCUAAUUUGCAAAUGUCUGUUAAUAAAGAUCAAGUCAUACCAACGCACACAUCUCGGUUUUGAGUCGGCAACAGCAACAACUUUAUUGUGAGACGAUGAAUGGGGAGUGAAUGGGGAAUUUUCAGUCGGGCAAAUAUGAUGUCAAACCUGAGGAUUCAGUGAGUCUUGCCAGAAUAAGAACACAUAUAAAAAAAUAGAAGAUGCGCUUUACGAUAGCGAGCCGCUUUAGUAGCGAUUUAGAGCCGAUUCGAUAUUUCGAACAGAGACAGUUUUCUUCCUGGCCUAGUUAGAGGUGUGUGUGGUAACAUUGACACACUGUACGCAUCCGCACUGUAUCCGAGCAUAUAAGAUCCGCAACCGCGCUCGAUGGCAUAGGUGUAUCCGCACCGCAACCGCGCGGAUACUGAGUAUAGUCACACGUCUGCAGCCAUUAUAUUUGUAGGAAAAAAUCCACGCGACGAAAAUGUUAUCUUAGAAGCGUUUUCAUGUUUCACCAAGCAAACCGCUGAUUACACAUUUGUCAUCUAGGAUUGUCUAGAAAAAUGCUGUAGAAAAAUGACACAGCAAUGCAAAGGAUGACACGUAUCGACACCAUUUUAGAUUACAAUCGACACCCGUUAAUAUGACCGUGAUAUUCACCGCAGAUAUUGGUCAUAGAGCCAAUUGUCAUGUUAACGGACAGUAUGUGACACGUAUCAAAGGAAAGUUUAUGCAUAACGCAAAGCUGCGCUAUUAUUUAUUACAAAACAAGAGACAUCGUGAAGAACAUCUUACAGUUUAUUUACGGCAGAACUCCAAUAAAAGUGUCAGUUGAGUUGUAUUUUCUGUCUGUCGUUUUUUUCGAUAAUAUUACUCGUUCGACCAACGAUGAGCAGUCGUUGAACCGACGGUGGUCGUAUAACAUCGAGGGAAAGAAUACACGUGUUCGCUUCCCUAUUUGUGCAAAAGAAAUUUCGGUCAUUGUCGGAUACAUGAGGAGGGAACGGUUGCAAAGCAAAAUGUCCAUAAAGCGUAGAAGUGAGAUUAACGAGUGUCAUACUAACGAGGUUCGAGACUGCAUUUAUGUCAGUUGUGGCUCCAUCUAGGGGACGUCGACAGGGACACUAAUCGUCGACGAUUAUUAGCCGAGAAUUAACGAGAAUUAGCCGAGGCAGGCGACAGACAUGAACGACACAAAAACAUAAGCCUUCUAACGCUGAAGAAUCAAUGAAUUCAAAUAACGCCGGAAAAAGGUGCUGACGCCAUGACUCUAACCCGUACCCUCCUGAUUUCCGGUCAGGGAUAUUUGCGGAUAAAAUGCGAAUAAUCGGUUUUAUCCAUACUUUAUCCGCGCGGAUUCAAGACGUUCUGUUUCUAUCCGCAAACCACAAUCUAGCGCGGAUGUCCGUGCGGAUCUGCGGAUAUAACGGCUCCCACGCAAAAUAGUCUCCGUUCGAAAUAUCAAACAGAUCCCAAUCGGUUUCAUUCUUCACCUAAUGAAUUGUGAGUUGUUCACUACCGCCCGACUAGACUGUGUAUUCUUUUGCCUUCAUUGCCCAAGUGUGUCAUUCUUAACAUGACUUCUACCGGAUCGUUGGCUCUUCCAUCGGUCAAUUUGUACGUAUAGGUUACGCGUACAAAUUUACGUCCCAUAAAUAAUCAUGUUUCAGUCUUUUGUAGUCUUUCGAUAUAUACCUCAUCUUCGUGGAUACAUCCAAUCAAGAUGGGCAGCGAUAGCAAUUCUUUAAUGCUUUCAAUGCUUUCCCUAACCUCUCUCUUUUUCAAGGCACACCACAUUGGCGGUGCGGAAAGGGUGUCCAAUCAUCGCGGGAAAUCGUUCGCGGAGACCAAUGGGAGGCGGCUCCGCGUUGUCGCGCCUCUUCAGAGGGAAAGACUAGCGCAAAUUGCAGUUUCCUGUACGGACGUCUCCCGUUCCUCCGUUCUUUUUGUAUUGCUGUAACGGCUCCUUUCAUUCCGCGAAGGGGGGGGGGGGGGACAUUUUUGCGCUUUAGUGACCCUUUAAAUAGUAAUGCAAAUUCUGAGCGACGCACUGCUGCCGUUUGCAGAGACCGUCAGAAUCCCGUCCAAAUUACAUUCAGUUUGCCUUCAAAUUAGCUUACGCAGAAGGGUAGAAAGAGGAAGAAAAAGAUACGUCGUCAGUGCUGGUGACGACGUAAUUUACAAAAGACGUGCAUUGAUUCGGACAAGCGAGCUUUUGUUGCCUGUUAUAAAUAGCAAAGGAGCAGACUGCACAAAUAUCGGUGUAGUGCGAGUGAGAGAUGAUUAUUGUUACAAAUACCUGACGCCCAAAUGUGCAGACAAUGUAUCACUUUAAGACUUCGAAGGACCGCUGACUUUUUUAAACUGAAGUUUGGAAUGGUGAUCGUCCGUAUCACGCCUUGUCGAAAUUUUUACGAACCGCUCGCAGGAUACUUGAGCUUUGGUGUCUAAAACCUCCCGAGCUCACAAACGCACGUAUCUUCAGUUUACAGUGAACGAAGACUGUGAUCAUGUCAAGAAUGGUAUAUGUCAUGUCAAGUAUAGCCUUCGGGUGACUUUCACAAACACGUGGGUCUUUCGAUUACAGUGAAGAGUGCGAUCACACAGACAAUGCCGUUGUUUCACCUGUAAUCAAAUUCGCGGUAUCUACAGCAGCAUCAUUCUUGCGACCUACAAUUGCACUAAAGUUUCGAGAGAGAGAGAAAGAGAGCUAAUUGCGUUUCUAAUUUUUAACGCGUUCAACGCCAGUGCCGCGCGACCACUUUUCAUAUCCCGCGGCCUAAAAUCCUGAAAAGAAAUCAAGAGCGACAGCGCCCGCCACAUUAGCUCUCUCUGACUCGUCCCACUUUAGGUUCACAUCGCUUGUAAACUCUCGUACAGCGGCAAGCCAAAUCCCGCGUCACUGUACAAAGCCAAACAACGGUACACGCCCUAUUGUGGUUUAAUUCCUACUCGCCGCUUCGUUAUAUGAAAUCACGUGACUUUCACAGGCGUUACCACAAUCCCUCGAUACCGCGAACACGCAUCGCACAUAGCGGUGAAAACUGCGGACAAUAAAACGGAUAACUCAUCAUAAUGCAUGGAAAUCACUGUGCUGACACAAAAGGUGAUCGUAUUGAAAUGCGAGGCCAGGACACAAAGCCCGACGUCCCGUUGUGGUCCGCAGCGCUACCUCGUGCUUGUACACGGUCCGAUGGGAUUGCCGUUUGAAUAGGGAAGCUAUCCUAAUGUGACCGGCGGAAUGAUAAUUCUGAAGCCUCGGCGAGAGUCCAGUGGCCGUCAUGCGUGCUCGCAUUCCUUUUGACCGGAAGGAUUCGGUCAAUGUAACCAGUGGUGGAACAGUGAGCAGCGUCAUUCGGUCGCCUAGUUUCACGCCGUCAGCGUCGGAGGCUUCAGUGUCGAGCAUGUUUCUGCAGCAUUUUGUGGUGCUUCUUUUGACAUGCUUGGCAUGGCUGUGCGCGGCUGACCGACCCUCUGGCUACUGGGAAUGGCGGCGCUCGGCUCCGUCGCCUGGACCGUAUUGGCCUGGACAGGCAAGGCCAACAGCCAGUGUGGUGUACUAUCCGAAUGACCGAUACCCUCCAGACAGGUUGGACCCGUACCGCUUUGGCUACACGACUGACCGUUACGGGCGUGGCUUCGGCUACAGCUGCAGGGACGUCUUUGAGUGCCAGGCGCUGAAGGAAAAGCAAGAACAACAGCAACUUCUGGAGCAAAGACCUCCGCUUCCACCCCUUCAAGCUCCACUUCAACCUUCAAGCAGCCGAGCUUUCUAUCGCCAAGAUAGUACACCCGUGAUCCGAUAUCCGCAAUCAUAUCCCGCACCAAAGUAUCCGGUCUACUGGUGACCGUCGACGUUAAGAAUGUCAUUAGGGUGUAGCCAAGAGGUGCUGGAAGACCGCCGUUGAAGUGGGUGACGACGUUAGCCUAACGGCGUCCAAAGUCUGCUGCGAUACGCCUGAUGUCUGAUUGUCUGACACAAUAGAUACACUGCAUGCGUCCUUACCGUUGUUUAUCCGUAAAAUAUUUCUCUUUCUUUCUGUCCCUUAUCCUGCCAUGCCGGCUCCCUUUUAUGGGAUGAAUCUAAAAGGUAACAUUUACAACCGGCAUCGCAUUUAAGCAAAAUCUGCGCUUUGAUAUUGCUUGACUAUGUUCUCUCCGUGGAUUUGGAUCACAUCCUCAUGGUCACUGAUGCUCACCAUCGUCAUUAUUACAUUUUCGUGGUUACUGAUGCUCAUCAUCACCGUCGUUACAUUCUCACAAGAGCGAUUCGUCAUGUGGAAAAAGAUGAAGAAAGAAAGAAAAAGGAAAAAGAAAGCAUAGGCCCUUGGUGGAAUGGCACAAUGACGGCUAUUGGUUGGAUGACCGAGCUGGAAAGCUUACAAGGUGUUGAUCGACGAGGGCCAUCGAAGCGUGUUCCAGCGGACGCCAUCGGAGCAUUACUGACAAUGAGUAUGCGAUGCGUGCGGAACAGCGUAUAGGCGUUCACAACCUCUCUCUCCUCCUACCUUCAUAACCGUGUUGACAUGCGAAAAGUCCUCGCUAUUGCAGCUUUUGUUUCAGCAGCCAUUGGCUGGAGCGGUGAGUUAUCCGAUAGGACUUAUAACGAACAUGCUUGCAUUCGCGCUUGUUAUUUUAGUUUACCAGUCCUUAGCGGCUUGUGAACGCAAUUCUUUGUAAAACCUGAUAAUCUAUUGUUGGCAAUUGUUUACAAUAGAAGUGUGUCAUAGUGCAGUCAAAGAAAUCAUGAAAGCGAGAAUCAAGAAAUCAAAUUGUAAACGUGGAAUUACAUUUACUUUUAAGUGAAUAAAUGCUCUGCUGCGAACCACUAAAACCAUGGAUCUCCGAUCCUCAUCAAAGUCGAAGAAGGUGAAUUUGGUUUUUGGCUCUAGCAGAACAUCGUGGAAGCCCAGUUGCACGAUACCAUGUCACUUUUGAAUGAUAUUGCCCACAGGAAUUGAACAGCUCUGACUUUAGGCUUGCCCGAGCCACGUUAUGGUGCAAUGAGCAGAAUAGCAGAAAUAGCAGAAUUAACCUACUAAAAUAAAGCAAGAACACACAUC